UUAUGUUCGUAACAGCUCCAGUUUACUUGGUUUGGGGUGGCAAGGGCGGAGCAAAUGUUUUAAGACUGCAAAUCGGCAAUCGGAGGUUUGCGGGGCACUUUUUCUGGUUGAUUUCAGCACUAUUGCCUGCCUGGCUGGCUGGAGUAGCUCCCAGAUACGUAGCGCAGAGGAACUUGCGGAGGCCCUGCUCCCCGAGAGCGGCGCAAAGAGGGACACCCGGGUCCUGGGGUCCCGCCUAAAAAAAAAAUUACAAACGCAGUCGAAUUAGAAUUACUGCUUGUAUGGGUUACUAAGAAAACUCCUGUGCUGACAGGAUUCUAGUUGGAGCCUUCGUUUGGAGUUCGGAAGCUAACUUUUGCAAAAUUACCAACCUGGAUUAGAGGCUGCGUAGAAAGCGCUAGCACGUACGAGAUUAUCCGGACCAGGACUCGGCGACAGCCGCGGAAUCUUUUUCCCGGAGCAAUUGAGCCCCUGGGCGGUACUCCGCGCCCUCUCGGCCAGGCCACCGCCCCGCCCCCACCCUUGGAGGCGCGCACUGCUCCAGCUGCUAACCUGGGUUACCUGGGUAACGCAGGACGCGCGCGGAGCUAGCAACUCCCCGCGGGUGCGCUCACACUCGAGUAGCUCCUCCUCUCCCUUGCGGGCUGCGCAAGCCGGACGCUGCCAGCCGCUCGCUCCGAAGCGGUUCUUUAGCCGGGAAAACUCGGCCUCGUGCCGCUCAGUAAUCAGCCAGUGAGAAGCCGGGGGUGUGGUAGAGGGCAGAAGCCCGCCGAGUACUUAGGGCCUCGCCGCCGGUUUCGCCAGCCUAUUUCGCACUUUCUUGAGGGCCUUCGGUUCCCCGCAGGUGGGGAAUCACCGAGCGCCCACCAGACUGCAUAAUGGUGACCCCCUGCCCCACGAGUCUCGUGAGCCCCGCCGCCCGGGCUAGGAGGCGGGACGACCAGAACCUCCGCGCCCCGGUGAAGAAGAACAGGCGCCCACGUCUCCGGAGGAAGCAGCCGCUGCAGCCACUAAGCCCGUGCCCACUCCCCGGAGACUCCGGUGUUUGCGACGUGUUCGAGUCCCCCAGCUCCGGAUCUGAUGGUGCAGACAGUCCAGCAGCUUCCGCGGCGCUAGGCUGCAGCCCCCUACCUGCUCCUGCCCAGCAGUUGGAGCAGCUAGAUCUACAGACCUUCCGUGACUACGGUCAGAGCUGCUACGUCUUCCGCAAGGCGAGGGAGAGCCACUUCCACCCGCGGGAGUCGCUGGCGCGGCAGCCACAAGUAACGGCGGAAUCCCGCUGUAAGCUGCUUAGCUGGCUGAUCCCCGUGCAUCGCCAAUUCCGUCUCUCCUUCGAAUCGCUGUGCCUGGCGGUGAACACUCUGGACCGCUUUCUUACCACCACCCCUGUGGCUGCAGACUGCUUCCAGCUGCUGGGGGUCACGUCCCUGCUUAUCGCUUGCAAACAGGUGGAGGUGCACCCGCCACGCGUGAAGCAGCUCCUGGCCCUGUGCUGCGGUGCCUUCUCCCGGCAGCAACUCUGCAACCUCGAGUGCAUCGUGCUGCACAAACUGCACUUCAGCCUCGGCGCACCAACCAUCAGCUUCUUCUUGGAGCAUUUCACUCACGCCCGCGUGGAGGCUGGGCAGGCUGAAGUCUCCGAAGCCCUGGAGGCACAAGCCUUGGCCCGCGGCGUGGCGGAACUGAGCCUGGCCGACUAUGCCUUCACCAGCUAUACUCCCUCCCUGCUGGCCAUCUGUUGUCUGGCGCUGGCGGACCGUAUGCUCCAGCUCCCGCGCCCGGUGGACUUGCGCCUAGGCGGGCACCCUGAGGCCGCACUGCAGGACUGCCUGAGCAAGCUGCAGCUACUGGUGGCCAUAAACGAAACCUCCCUGACUCACAUGCUGCCCUUCCAGAUAUGCGAGAAGUGCAGCCUGUCCCCGAAAUUGAAAUGAAAGAGACCUUGGGUUUCCUUUUUUAUCCUAGCCCAGCUGCUGGACCUCUCCCAUUGCUUUGAAGGAAUACUGUUUUGGCCCACAGAGGGGUUCAGGGCUCCUACUUGAUCACGAGGUCAUCCUGCAGGUUGCAAAUAGUGUAGCAUCUCCUUGUUUAUUUAUUUUCCUAAGAGCACAUGAGAGACCCGAGUUUUUCCCCAAUAAAAAGACUAUCUGUGUUGGUUUGUCUGAA